AUGAGCAAAAUCGAAUAUUGGCCAUUGUCUAACGGUGUCAAGGUCCCAGCCAUUGGGUUUGGGGUUGGCAGUGCCUGGAGAGUCCAGAAACAACAAUAUGAUCCUGAUUAUAUCAUGCCGGAACUCGUUGAAAGUAUCGAGCAUGCCAUCGAUGCCGGAUACGACCAUAUUGACAGUGCUGAGAUCUAUUUGACCAGAAAAGAGUUACACAUCGGCUUGACCAACAAGAAAGUCGACAGAUCCAAGAUCUUCCUCACCGAUAAGCAUUUCUGUGGCACUGAUAGGUUGCCAACUUUCACCAGCAGUCCUUACGAAUCACUCGAGAUUUCUUUGAAGGAUUUGCAAACCGAGUACAUUGAUUUGUAUCUUUUGCACUCUUCCAAUGUUAACUACGGGGAAAGAAAGUACUUGACCAACGAAGAACAAUGGAAGCACAUGGAACAGGCUUACAAAGAAGGUAAGGCGAGGGCCAUUGGGGUUUCUAACUAUUCUGCCGAAUCCAUUGAAAAACUCUUGAAAGUCGCCGAGAUCAAACCUCAAGCUUUGCAAAUCGAGUUCCAUGCCAUGUGCCAAGAAAAGACUCCUAAAAUUAUGGAGUUUUGCAAAGAACACAAGAUCCAAGUGUUUGCUUACGCCCCAUUGGCCCCACUUACUCUUGUUAAGGAAAAGACUCCUUUGGGCGAGUUCGUCAGUGAGUUGGCCACCAAAUACGGCAAAACCGAGGCCCAAAUCUAUCUCAGAUGGGUGUCACAAUCUGGCGUUGUCCCAAUUACUACCUCUGGUAAAGUCCAAAGAUUAAAGGAUGCAAGAGACAUUUACUCUUUCAAACUUGAAAGUGAAGACUACGAGAAAAUUAAACAACUUGGUAAAGAACAAGCGGAAACUUUCUACAAGUGGUAA